AUGUCUACCCAAAAAGCCGUUAUUGUCGUCGAGCCCAAGAAGGAGGGUCUCGUUACCGACCGACCUAUCCCCGCCUUGCGUGACGACUACGUUCUGGUCAAGAACGUCAGUGUUGGCUUGAACCCUACUGACUGGAAGCACGUUGCUUUCUUGUCCCCCCCGGGUGUCCUGGUCGGUUGCGACUUUGCCGGUGUCGUCGAGGAGGUCGGCAAGGAUGUGAAGAAGCCCUGGAAGAAGGGUGACCGUAUCUGCGGUUUCGCUCACGGUGGCAAUGCUGUCCAGCCCGAGGAUGGUGCCUUUGCCGAGUACAUCGUCGCCAAGGGUGACGUCCAGAUCAAGGUUCCCGAUAACUUGACCUUCCAGGAGGCCGCCACCCUGGGUGUCGGCACCCUCACCGUUGGCCAGGCUCUUUACCAGAGCUUGAAGCUCGCUCUGCCCACCGAGCCCAUCAAGGAUCAGACCCCUAUCCUCAUCUACGGUGGCUCCAGUGCCACUGGUACCCUGGCCAUUCAGUACGCCAAGCUGUCCGGCUACAAGGUCAUUACCACCUGCUCCCCGCACAACUUCGACCUGGUUCGCAGCCUGGGUGCCGAUUCCGUCUACGACUACAAGGAUUCCGAAUCGCCCGCCAAGAUUCGUGAGGAGACCAACAACAAGCUCAAGCUUGUCCUCGACUGCAUCUCCCUCGAGCCCAGCGCCAAGUUCUGCGAGCAGGCCAUCUCCACCGAGGGUGGUGAAUACAGCGCUCUGCUCUCCGUCAAGGUACCCCGCGACAAUGUCAACAGCCGCUCGACUCUCGGUUACACUGCCAUGGGCGAGGCCUUCAAGUUUGGCAACAUGGACAUUCCCGCCAAGCCAGAGGAUCUGGCCCACGCCAAGAUGUUCGUGCCCAUUGCGGAGACUCUCUUGGCUGAGGGCAAGGUCAAGGUUCACCCUCCCAAGGUCGGCAAGGAUGGCCUCAAGGGUGUCAUUGAGGGUAUGAAGUUGAUGAAGGAGGACAAGGUCAGUGGUGAGAAGCUGGUCUACAACGUUUCCGAGACUCCUUGA